UCAAAUUUCCGAGAACUUUGUGCGAACUUUGCGUGUUCAAAGUCUCGUUUUGUAACUUUUGAGGACUGAGCUAUACAUUCAAAGUAAGGAUCGGAUUUAAAAAAUAAACACGAAAUUGUUUUUAGAUGAUAAUGUCAAGACUGAUUGCUCUGUCAGUCUUAAAUAAAAUGCUGUCAUUUGUAAUUUUAAACAUAAGGACCCAAGGGUGAGAGCCAACAUAAUCUGAUUAGCACGAUAGUAUAUAGGUUUCAUAGCCGUCAUGGAAACGUGCGCCAGUCUUAAAGUGCGAGUCCAAUCGAAUGCCCACAGCUUUCUCCGUCUGCAACAACCUUGCGAAAUGUUUAACCUGGUUUUAAUUGCGGUGGCGAUCCUUUUGUUGCCGAUCGCCAUCAAUUUGAUGUGGCGGAAACAAUCAAAGAGUUACCGUUUGCCUCCAGGACCUAAGCGAAAUCCCGUCUUCGGCAAUUUGUUGGAUUUAAUUCACUCUUCUAUCGUUUUAAAAGAAGCUCCGUUCCUCAAGUUCUCCAAAUGGGCUUUCCAGUACGGACCGAUAUGCUAUUUGCGAUUUUUCCGACAACGGGUCGUCGUGAUUUCGGACGCCCGAGUAGCCCAGCAGUUGUGCGUGGGCCAGUCGGACAAAUUUAGCACACGACCACCCGGACUAUUUUUAUCACGGAUACUAAAAGGCAGAGGAAUCGUGUUCAACGAUGGGCUGUCGUGGAAGGAACAUCGAAAUUUUGUCACUCACGAAUUCCGAAAAUUCGGGUUCGGCAAUCAAGCCAUCGAGCAGAGAAUUCAAAUCGUCGUUGACGAAUACCUCCACGAAAUCAGCAGAACGGAAGGCCUAGCUCACGAUCCGCAUCCGAAUAUCGCCACGGCCAUUUACAACGUCAUCUGGACUACAAUCAGCGGUGAGAAAUUCAAUUGGGACGAUCCUUUCCUUCGUAAAAUCAUCGCCAAUCUGGAGACUAACCUGCAAGCUGUCGAACUCACGGGACCACACAAUUACGUCACCAUUCUCAGCAUUUGGCACUUGAUUUGGCACAACGCUUUCCGGCUGCUGAUUAUCGUACUCAAGAGGUUGUCCUAUUUCAAGCAGCUCAUUUGCAAGUUCAAGAAUCAGCGAAAAGAAGCGCCAAUUUCCGAAGUUGAAGACUCGAUGAUGUACGACUAUUUGGUUAAGAUGCAAGGCUCCAAAACCAGUGGCGAAUCGACCGACUUUUCCGAAACGCAACUUUUGUGGCUCGUUUCCGAUCUGUUUAUCGCUGGUGGAGAGACGACCGUCACCAGUUUGCGCUGGGCUCUGCUUUGCCUGGCCAAAUUUCCAAAAGUCCAGGAACGUUUGCGACAAGAAAUAGUCGACACCUUUGGGCGGGAUUCAACACCGACGUAUUCGCAGCGGUCGCAGUUGCCUUACAUGGAGGCUUUUAUCCAAGAAACGCUGCGAUUUAACUGCUCCGUGCCCGGGAUGUGGCGAAAUACCGCUCAAGAUGCAACGUACGAGAAUUACGAAAUACCGAAGGACACGUGGGUCCUACUCCACUUUUGGGCCAUGAGUAAUAACAAGUCGCUUUGGGAAGACGUGCGGGAAUUCAAGCCGGAAAGAUUCUUAAAUGAUGACGGAACAUUCAAGAAAAACGAGAAUUUCUUGGCCUUCUCGGCAGGUAAGAGACAAUGCCCUGGAGAAUCUCUGGCUCGGACCGAACUCUUCCUAUUCACCCUGGGCAUUUUGCAGAAAUUCAUAGUGACUCUGCCGGACGGCCAGGAUGUAGACAUUCACAGCGGACAGUUUGGAGUCACUUACACUCCGCCACAUCACGAUAUUCGAUUUAUUCCCAUCGACACAGCUUAAAGAUGGUCUAAUCUUCUCACUCGCGCGGGAUAAUUUCCCUUUUUUAAAUUAGUUAAUGAGGACGAAUUAAAGUCAAAACACUCAAACGGUUUUCAGAAAGAAAAACACUGUAUGGAUUUCUUGUUUCA